UUUCUUGGUUGGUUUUCUCAUCAUAUUCACAUUCAUAUAUAUAUAUAUAUAUACACAACACAAACAUAUAUAGUUACACUUCUAAAAAAAACUAGUAUUUUAUUCAAAAACUUCCCUAUCUUCUUAUCUCUGCAACAUAUUCACAUAGUCGUUCUAACCCAAUCUCUUCUUCUAUCAACUAUCCUUUCCAUACCUCUCUCUCUCUCUGCCAUAUUCCUAAUCCCAAUAAACCCACAUCGACCCUGCACUCCCUGAUUUUCUUUGUUUAUAGCGAAAGAUCUUGAGAUAUAUUCAAUGGACGUUGACAUGAUGAUGAAGUCAUCAUCCUCAUCGGUAGGUGAUCACCACCAUCAUCAAAAUCAUAACCAUCUCGACAUGAUAUCGAUCAUGAUGCAAAUGGAAAAAACCAGUCCCGAAUACUGCGGUUCCUCUCCCACAUUUCUGGACAUGAAUUUCUCCGAAGGAACCAACUCACCACCACCCCCACCGCCGUCGGUAUAUCCUUCCACAACGACAGCGGGUAUUUCAUUCCUCGGCGGCGGAGGAGUAAACCAGAUUCAAGAACCGGUUACUCCGCCGCCAUACCAACAACAACCGAAUGCGCCACUCUCCGGCGGCGGCGGCGGUAGACUCUUCAAGAGUGAUAAUAUUGUUAAUAACGCAAUUGCGGCAGCGAACUCUUACGAGAAGAGAAACUCAAUGGCGGCGAUGAGAGAGAUGAUAUUCAGAAUAGCUGCGAUGCAGCCAAUCCAUAUCGACCCGGAGUCGAUUAAGCCGCCGAAGCGGCGAAACGUGAAGAUAUCGAAGGACCCUCAGAGCGUGGCGGCGAGGCACCGUAGGGAGCGGAUAAGCGAGAGGAUUAGGAUACUGCAAAGGCUGGUUCCCGGCGGGACAAAGAUGGACACGGCUUCGAUGUUGGAUGAAGCCAUUCAUUACGUUAAGUUUUUGAAAAAACAAGUUCAAACGUUGGAACAGGUCGGUCAAGCUAACAAUACCAGGUCUUCCUCCGCCUCUUCCUCCGCGGCCGCUGUCGGGUUCCCGGGGACCCAUUUGGGUAAUUUGAACUAUUCUGCUUUCUUUAAGGCCUGUCAGCCUUUUAACUCUUCAAUGCCGGACCAAUCACUUCGAAUGCUUCGAUGAUAAUAACUACAGCUAGAGAGUGGCAGCAGUAGUUACAAGCAUUAUUCCCAUUAUGUGGCUUGAUUAGUUUUUUUUUUUUCUCUUCUUUUCUUUGGAUUAAUAUUUGAUGUGGUUCAAUUUAGUACUUCAUAUGUAUUAAUAUUAAUGCAUGAUGCUCAGCUCAAGGUCAAGGAGAUAUAAUAUUUGUAAAGAAAAUGUUCAUCUUAAAUGUUAUUACAACUGAUUUCUAAUUACACCUUCA